AAACAUCUGAGCGCUUCGGAUAUUUGACAGCAGCACGUGAUCUGUCACGCAGCUCUGCACACAAAGCUUAUCCUCGCGGAAGCGACAAAGGGGUUACGCGGUGUCAGCGGGGGGAGGCUACUAACCAGCCACUAAGUAUCCGGUUACUGCGGGGGAAACUUCUGUCUAGGAGUACCCAACAGCUGCACGUACACGUACUGUAUACUUGCGGCUUAUUUGAAGUUUCAGCAUCAGGCUUUCACCUGUUGAUUGUCUGACAAAAUAAUGAACGAUGAAUCUCUUCAGCUUACUAGACCUGAACGAGCUUGCCCUUGGCAUGUCCAAACUUUCCAUGUUUCCGCUUUUUGACACGGCUCACUAUGUGGUUUCUACGAUGGCACUGAAGGAGCAGCCAGGAGCUGUGGAUGUGGCCCGGAGGAGCCCUUUCGCCUGCUGGUUCAGCGCCAUGCUGCAUUGCUUUGGUGGGGCGGUACUCUCAGGGCUGAUGCUGGCCCAGCCGUCCGUGGCUCCCCUCUCCAACACGGGCAGUGUGCUUCUGGCCUCCGUCGUCUGGUACUUGGUCUUCUACUGCCCAGCAAACCUUGUAUACCGCUGUUCUGCUUCUCUGCCGGUGCGACUGGUGCUGUCUGGAAUGAAGGAGGUGUCCCGCACCUGGAAGGUCCUGGGAGGGGUCACACAGGCUCGAAAGCAGUACACUGAUGCCCUGCUGGUGAUGAUUGCUGUUGGCUGGGCCAGAGGUGCUGGGGGAGGGCUUAUCAGUAACUUUGAGCAACUAGUUAGGGGAGUCUGGAAACCGGAGACCAAUGAACUUCUGAAAAUGUCAUACCCCACUAAGGUGACUCUGGUGGGCGCGGUCCUCUUCACGCUGCAGCAGAGUUACCGACUUCCGGUCAAGGAGCACCACCUCAUAUUCGCCUACACUGUUUUUCUUGUCGUCAACAAGGUCUGGAUGAUGCUAACCGGUUCUACCUCUUCACCCCUCGCACCCCUGGAGGGGGUGCUGUACCGCACCUUCUUUGCCUUGCAACCAGAGCAGCCUAGCUGUGCGACUCAGGUCUACCCCGGGACCCUCGCCCAUCUCUCAGGAAAGAACUCCGACAAAGGCGCAGCAGCCUGUGCCACGCAGAAACGCACAAACUCCGCAGCAGAAACAGGCGGCAAGAGAUCAGUGAAAGGCUCACACACAGAGACGAGGAAGGACAAGUAGCUGGGAAGUAUGUCCUCCUGCACAGAACAUGCUUACCUUCAAAGGACACCAGUGGUGGUCUUCGCACAUUCCAUAUGGACAGUAAUACAAAAUAUGCAAGAAGUGACUCUAGAAAUGUAACUAGAUUGUGGUGUUUGGAAGUAUGUACUUUUCAUGUCUAGAAAUACAAUUCUCUUACAUUCCUUACUACUAAUUGGAAUAUCAUUAUCAUCAUUAUUAUUAUCAUAAUCAUUAUUAUUAUUAUUAUUAUUAUUAUUAAUAUUAUUUUCAUUUGUUGAAAGUCAGUUGUGUUGUGAAAUGCAAAACUUGGAUUUAAAUGCAUAACAGUAAUAUGAAGUUCAUGUUUACCAAAAUACUUGAGUUCACUUCAAAGCUAGACCAUUGAGAUUACAGAAGACCAGUGGAAAAAACAGACCUUGUUUUCAAAGUACAGUUUAGUAUUCAUGAACCAGCUUGUGUCAGAUGGGCCUUUAAACAAGAUCAAAGGCAAUCAAAGCAUGUCUGUUAAGUGUCAUUGAUUAGAUGAUCUGUUGCACUGUCAUAUUUAUUGGGAAGGAAUGAUUGCGUUCUCUCCACCAUUAAAAAGAUGUUUGCUAAUGGGCCAAAUGUUCUUUAACAUAGUAUAGUUUAUAUAACAGAUUUUAAAUGAGUAACAUUUGAAUAUAUUAAGACUGAGGAGAACUUGCUGAGUUACAUGGAGUUUCAUAUUGUUUUUGUAGAGAAUUUUGAAAAUGUCAUUUUUAAAUUCAGUUUGGAGAUUGUAUCAGAUGCGAUAAUUGCAAUGUAUUUCACUUUAUAAAAUAGAAUAUUUUACCAGAGUAGAGUUUCUGAAGUGUUAUUUUAUUUAAAUUAAUUUUUACUGCACUGAGUAAACUGGUUAUUUUCUUUGUGAUUAAAACUUUGGUGGAACAUUG